GUGGUGACGUCGCGUGAACGCACCGUAACCAUGAGGGGAUAAACAAAAUGAAAGGCAGCUUAUAAACAUCUCUGCUGCUCUUACCACACUCACACUCUUCAUACUCCUUAAUACAACACAGAGCUGAGCCAUGGCGAACAUCCAGAUCCGGAAGUAUCGGGAUGAAGACGCCGAAGCCGUGAAGGAGAUCUUCACCCUGGGGAUGAGCGAGCACGUGCCUUCGUCCUUCAUGCACCUUCUGAAACAGCCUCUGACCCAGAUGGUGCUCAUGUGCACGUUCUGUGCCCUCAUCACCAGCUCCAAAUCCUUCCUGCUGCCCAUCCUCGCCGUCACCCUCCUCCUGGCUGCGUGCCGGCAGUUUGUCGCCUACAUGUUCAACAGAUACAUCGACACCUCCCUCAAGAAGGACCUCAACAGCAUCAGUGACACCUACCUGAACCAGAAAGACUCGUUUUUUUGGGUGGCAGAAAGCGAGGGUCAGGUGGUCGGCACGGUGGCUUGCCUUCCUGCGGAGAAGGCGCCCGAAUGCUUGGAGCUGAAACGCAUGUCAGUGCGCCGCAGCCACCGUGGGAUGGGCAUCGCUAAGGCUCUGUGUCGGACAGUGGCGGACUUCACUCGAGAAAGAGGUUACCCGGCAGUCGUCUUGUACACCUCUGUGGUCCAGACUGACGCUCAGAAGCUGUACGAGCACAUGGGCUACGAGAAGAUUCGGGAGUUUGUUGUGCCUGAGCUCGCGGCCAAAGUCAUGAACUUCACUCUCUUUGAGUACAGAUUUAAUAUACAGAGAGACGGGAAGAGCGACUGAGUGAUCCGAAACUGUCUCACAUAAGGACUGUGUAGCAUUUCAGCCAUUAGCAUAACCAUCCAUCCAUUUAUAUAAUAUAUUAUCAUAUUACUAUCAUUUUUUUUCACUGUGCAUUUAAGGCAACCAAAGAUUCGGGAAAGGUGAGGUAUAUGUACCACGAAGCAGGUUCAGCUUAUUCUGGUUCUCUUCUGUUUCAUUGAGCUUAACAUCAACCAUCCUGGAUAUAACCGGUAUCACGUAGCUGGCUCAACUGGCUCAGUCAACUCUGGGUUUUUACUGUCUGAGUACAAACACGUUCUUUAUGUUAAUGCUGCUAAUUACAGUGUGUGUGUGGAUUAUUGUUCCAGUAGCCGCAAAGACAACAGAGGGUUUUGUUUUUUAAUUCCAGUUAUCAUCACAAAGUCCCCUCGUUGUUAUUAUACGCUCAUCUGCAGUGAUGUAAGCAGAGUAAACUUUGCACAGUUUAAAAUGCAGAUAAUCAUCAUUAUGUGUUCGGUUAAUUUAAUUAUCUCUCCAUUUGUUAGAAACUCAGGACUUUUGGGGAUCUUUAUCGGGAUCCUCUAGGAAAGACAACACUUUCCAUUUUCCCCCAAUGAUCAGAUUGGUCACUGGUGUGGUUGUUGUGGUCAGGUCAGCAUUGGUUACCAUGGUGAUUUAUGGUGUUUUUUAUAAAGUGAGCCAGCUGCGUGAUGCCGUAAAACUCGAUUUAAGCCCAAAGAUAACUGGUUAACACGCUGAUCUGGCUUCGUGGUUCAGGCUUCAGGCGACAGGACCCACAUGAAGAACUGUUUACUAAACACACUUUCAGUAACGUGCAUGUUUUCUCUUUACACGCUCACACAGGGGACAGACUGAUCA